AUGGCAAGAGACAAGGAGUGGAGAAAAAUGGCAAACACCCACAAAAUGAAACCAGAGGAUGUAAAAGUAGCGGGUGUAGAGGGAUCAAAGCCCCCCGGACAGAACCCAGGGGAAGUGUUACACCAGAGGCGCAACUUUCCAUACAGCUAUAAAACCAUGGCCAUCGGUGGCCUCCUUAUUACUGCUGCCAUUGGAUAUUCCACCUUGUAUGUCAAGAAAAAGCCUGAAGCCACAGCCAAAGAUGUUGGCAAGGUUAUUGUUGGAGUUGCCAAACCCGAAGACACUCACCCUAGGAAGUAGCAGUAGUCGUAGUAGUGGCAGUAUUAUUCUAGUGCUAGCUAUGAAGGUUUUGCUGCUGAUGUCGUAAUUGUUUGUUUAAUUUGUGGACCUUUUUGUAGUGUUUAUCUUUGACUACGGACAUGAUGUAGUUUAUAAAUUGUGGAUAUAUAAACUGUUUAUAUGCUGAUAACAAUUGCUGAGAGAAAGACCAGGAA